CAAAGCGAGGACGAGGGAGCAUGAAAUGGUGGUAAAAGUGUGUCGCAAGGCAGCUUCAGAAAUGCGGAGAGAAUGCACGCGUCUGGCAACUCUUAUUUAUUUACGGCAUGCACUUCUCCAAGACUUAUGCUCAACUCCUCCUCUCCUUACCGCCAGAUCUCCGGGACAACGCCAUAGAGUAUAGACAACUCAAGAAACUCAUUAAUAAAGUCGUCAAAGAGCUUACUUCUCUAGGUCUUUCCCCGGAUCUCCUUCAACAGCUCUUGCAACAUGCACAGACCUCUACAACUAGCUCCCUUAAGGGAAAAGAACGGGAACAAACUUCGUUUCUUCUAGAUGUCGGACAUACCUUUCAGUCAGGUCCUUCACGGAUGCCGAGGAUCACGUAUGAGUUGAACACCGAUUCGAACGAGAUCCAGCCUCGCCUACGCAUGUGGACAUAUCCGGCCUCUGGCAACCCACCAAACGCGUAUUCAGAUUUUCUGGGUGCUUCCGAUUUGAAUACUGGAGCUGCUGCGGGUCCUUCGAAUGUGUCAGAAUCCACGGAACCUCGUGAAGUAGUUAUUCCACUUGCUUCGGAUUCCGCAUUCUUUCAAGCCCUCAUGGAUGCUCACUCGGCUCUGAGCACUCGGCUUGCUGAUCUCGGUGAUGAAUUCACUAAGAACCUCGAUGUCCUCGCUCGUGACAUCUCAUCUUCUGCCAAACCCAUGUCGGAAUCAUCCUCAUUUCAACCUUACUCUCAUGACGCCAACCCGGGCACUGUCACUGUCCGCGCACCUAACAUCUUGACAUCGUCUUUUACGCGAUCGGAUCUUUACGCUUGGAGGGAGGUAUUCGAGUUAUACAUUGACGCUGAGGUGUUCGAGAGUCAAAGCGAAGAAUCAAGAGGUGAACGUGCAAUAGAGGACGCUGAGGCACGGCUAGCGAAGUUCAUGGUGCAGCUGGCGGAUCGAGGUUUCGCGGAUGGGAGCAGACUGAAGCUGCAACGCAGUCAGCAUGCAAUGAAGAAGUUCUUGGAACUCAAUGCAUCAAUAUUGAACUUGUUUAAGUUCCAAUACGCCACCACAGAAGCCAUCCGGAAGAUUCUCAAGAAGCAUGCUAAACGCACAGCAUUACCAACGGCCCCAGUCCUUCCUUCUCCAUUCAUUCUCACCGUCGGCGAGCAAUCAACCGCUCUGAUUCGUUCACGAACUUCAAGCAAUACCUCGUUGGCGACGAUGCUCGUACAAGCCAUUGGUCAGACGCUUCUGCCUAUCGUCCCACAUAUCGACGAUUACGCGUGUGUGAUCUGUACGAACAUCGCGUUUAAGCCUAUACGACUACGGUGUGGGCAUCUUUUCUGUGUUAGGUGUCUAGUGAAGAUGCAGAAAAGGGGGCAGGGUAAUUGCCCCAUGUGUCGUUCACCAACCGUCUUGGUCGCCGACCGAUCUAACGUAGAUUGGGCGCUUCUGAACUUCAUGAAGGAUUGGUUCCCUAUUGAGUCUCGGAAGAAGCUACGGCAGAACGAAAAGGAGGUCGCUCAGGAGGAGAUGGAGGAGCUUGGUUUAGAUGUUAGUUGUAUCAUUGCUUAGUCUUCCUUUCGGCUUUUUUGUGGACUUUGGGUUUCAAGAUGUCAUGUCUUUGCACGUACUUAGCACUUUCUUUCGUAAUGCAACAUUCCUUACAGUAUUCUGCGAAUAAUUCAGUGGUGUCUUC